AUGCUGCAGCCAUCUAGUUUGGUUCGAAUUGACGAUUGUAAAACCAGCGGUCAACAACAUUCGCUUAAUAACGAGAGCUUGCAGUUCCGGUGUAAGGCUCCAGGAGACGCUCCCCCGAAGCUGGUGUGCCAGUUCUGCAGUUACUCGACGGUCUACUCGACAACCAUGGUGCGCCACGUGAGGACGCACACGGGCGAACGCCCCUACAGGUGCGUCUCCUGCAAGAAGGGCUUCACGACGCAGCAGCAGCUGGAGAAGCACUGCAGCCAGCCGCUCAAGCCGUGCUACAAGCCCUUCGAGUGCAACUACUGCUCCGAACGCUUCCCGACAGACACCAUGCUGACUCGUCAUCAGCGGCUGCACGUCUUUUCGACGUUCUGA